AGAGAAGAGGAACCUUUCCCUGGGGGGCCAUGUGGGCUUCGACAGUCUCCCCGAUCAGCUGGUCAGCAAGUCUGUCACACAAGGCUUCAGCUUCAACAUCCUCUGUGUGGGUGAGACUGGCAUUGGGAAAUCCACCCUGAUGAACACUCUCUUCAACACCACCUUUGAGACGGAGGAAGCCAGUCACUACGAGAGCGCCGUCCGCCUGCGGCCACGCACCUACGACCUGCAGGAGAGCAACGUCCACCUGAAGCUAACCAUCGUGGAUGCAGUUGGGUUUGGGGAUCAGAUCAACAAAGAUGAAAGUUACAGGCCCAUCGUUGAGUACAUUGAUACGCAGUUUGAAAACUAUUUACAAGAAGAGCUGAAAAUCCGACGGUCUCUCUUCAACUACCAUGACACCAGGAUCCACGUCUGCCUGUACUUCAUCAACCCAACGGGGCACUCCCUCAAGUCCUUGGACCUGGUGACAAUGAAGAAGCUGGACAGCAAGGUGAACAUCAUCCCCAUCAUUGCCAAAGCAGACACCAUCUCCAAGAGCGAGUUGCACAAGUUCAAGAUCAAGAUCAUGAGUGAGCUGGUCAGCAAUGGGGUGCAGAUCUACCAGUUCCCCACCGACGACGAGGCCGUGGCCGAGAUCAACUCCGUGAUGAACGCUCAUCUGCCCUUUGCUGUGGUUGGCAGCACGGAGGAGGUGAAAGUUGGGAACAAGCUGGUGAGAGCUCGGCAGUACCCGUGGGGAGUGGUGCAAGUGGAGAAUGAAAGUCACUGUGACUUUGUGAAGCUGAGGGAGAUGCUGAUCCGGGUGAACAUGGAGGACCUGCGGGAGCAGACUCACACCCGCCACUACGAGCUCUACAGGAGGUGCAAACUGGAGGAGAUGGGCUUCAAGGACACGGAUCCAGACAGCCAGCCCUUCAGCCUCCAAGAAACAUACGAGACCAAAAGGAAGGAGUUCUUGGGCGAGCUCCAGAAGAAAGAGGAAGAAAUGAGACAAAUGUUUGUUAACAAAGUCAAGGAGACGGAGGCAGAGCUGAAGGAGAAGGAGAGAGAGCUGCAUGAGAAGUUUGAGCACUUAAAAAGGAUACACCAGGAGGAGAAAAGGAAGGUGGAGGAGAAGAGGAGGGAGCUGGAGGAUGAGAUGAACGCCUUCAACAGGCGGAAAGUAGCGGUGGAAACCUUGCAGUCCCAAUCCUUGCAGGCUACCUCACAGCAGCCACUGAAGAAGGACAAAGACAAGAAAAACAGAUCAAUACUAACAGGAAACCAAUCAGGAGUGAGCCUCUCCAGCUCCAAGGUGAUGAUCACCAAGGCCAGUGUGGAGCCCUUGAACUGCACUAGCUGGUGGCAAGCCAUACAGUGCUGUAGCUGCCUGGUCAAGAGCGCUACGUGGCGAGAAGGAUUCCUCUGA